AUAAUGCUUCUUAUAUUCUCGCCAUGUCUAUUUAUUUAAUUUUUGCCUCUAAUUAAUUUAUGCAUUGAUAUAAAGUUGAUAUCUGUUUAGCAGCCUCAUCUCUUAGAUAAUUAAAACAUUUGAUUCAAAUGAGGUGAAUUCUAUAUAUUGUUUGUGAUGUUGUCAUGGAAAUAACAGAUCUUGGAGAUAUUUGAUACAGUAGAAACCUAUCAUAUAUGGAUAUAACAAUUCUAAAGUGUGCACUUCAUCAAAAUCGACAAACAAAUUUCUAAUUAUAUAAUAUGUGGGGAUAUAGCUAUCCUCUGGAUCUACAAAAUGAAGUGACUCGGAGAGAAGAUCAAAUUUUAGACAAUCUUGAAGUAUUGAUUGUAGGUGCUGGUGAUGCACGACAUAUCAUGAAGACAUUAGCAUCAUCUUAUAUGCAUCCCAGUCAAAGUAUCACAUAUCAUGUUAUUGAAUCAAGUUUGGAACAAGUUGCUAGAUCAAUACUUUUAUUGAGCAUUUGCUUAGAGAAAAAUCUAGGAUUGCAAGAGGCAACGCGAUACUACUUGGAGAUUUUAGGAAAUACCCUUUUGAGACCAGCUACAGCUAAAUAUUUAGCAAAAUGUACCAAGCAAUUGAUUGAUAUUCCAACUUGUACUAUUGACUGCCCAUGGUUGUCAUUGGAAAAAUUUAAACACAAAGAUAGAGAUAAUUUGGAAUCCAUUUUUAAGUUUUGGUCACGUGCAACAUGUGAAGGUGUUCCUAUAAUAAAUUAUUGGGAUCGCAGAAUUAGAAAAUCUCUGAAAACGCGAUACGAUUGCAAAGAAGGCGUUUUCGAUUGGGAUUAUUACAUGGUUUUAAAGCCAAGAUGUAUUAAUAAUCUUACCAUACAAGAAUAUAGAUUUUGGAGAAAUAAUGGAGUAGCAUUUACAUGGCUUGAAGGUGAACCAGCCAGGAGCAAUCCGACUCUAUUAAAUAACAUAAUACAAUAUGGACCUGGUUUUAUACAUUAUGCGUAUUUAGGAGACAUUGUAAAUGGUCCCUAUUUUACUUGGGCUGUCACUGAAAAAAAAGAGGACAAAAAGUUUAGGGCAACCGAUAUUGCAGAGCGUGAAAUAAUGCGUGCAAUUCAUGAGAUAAGAACGAAAGAACCUCUGUGUGAAGAUUAUGUCGGCGCCCAUAGAGAUGCCUCGAUUUUAAAUGGCAUUAUAAUAAACGAAAUGCCGGACAUUGAAACAGAAAACGAAUCAUGGACAAAUGUCGGAGAUAAAUCUAAAUUAGACGACAAAAUUUCUUGGGUAGAAAUACCAAAUCACAAGAUAAUCUUUCAUCCUGCAACAUCAUUAGAGCUCUUUAAAUCUAAAUACGAAUAUGUAAAUAGAUUUCAUUUGGUUUGGAUAGCGCAUAAUAUGACAAAACAGUUAGAAAAUCUGGCGCCAUUAGCAUCAACGGGUGCACCGGUAAUUGUAGAAUCACGUAAAUGUAUGGCGGAUUUGCGCAAAGAAGAUUUGGAGAACUUUACUGAAGAACUGAAAGAGCUCGCACAAAAAAAUGGACUUCGCUUAGUUCAUGACUUUGAUUCUAAUGAACAUACUUUUGCCCAUUUUUGCAAAAAUUAAGAAAUCAAUUGUGACUAAUAUUAUUGUAAAUAUGUAUGUUUUUUAAGUUUUUAAUUGAAUAAGAAGAAGGUAGCUUUAAUCAAUAGUUAAUAUAAAUUUUAUAUUCAAAAAAGAAUGUCAGUUUCAGACUGAGUUGGGAAACAUUAAAAAUUGUUUAUC